AUGAUUUCUUUGCUAACAAGAACUGUAGCUCAACAACUUAGAUUAACAUCAACUAUUUUCAAACCUUCAGCAAUUUGUUCUAACUAUGUAGCUAAUACUUUCCCACGCUUUAAACACCAACAGCUGGACUAUUCUCGUUAUCCCAAACUAAAUGAGGAAGAACUAGAGGAACACUUUACUCGUGGCAGUGGUCCAGGAGGACAAGCUGUUAAUAAAACCUCUAAUUGUGUUUUAUUAAGACAUAUACCCACAAAUAUAUUAGUUAAAUGUCAUACACAUCGUUUAGCCUCCCGUAAUAGAGUAGAAGCAAGAAAACUUUUGCUAGAAAAACUGGAUGCCCAUUACAAUGGUGAAAACUCUAUACAAGCCCAGCUAAAAACAUUUGAAAAUAAAAAAUCAGCCGAACGUAAAAGAAGGCAGAAUAAAUUGCAAGAUAUGAAACAAAAAUGGAAAGAACGCGAAGAGCAGGAUAAAAUAAUGGAAGUCACAAAAGAUAAAGAAUAAAGAAAAUAUAUUUGUACCUAUAAAUAA